UAAAAGGAGAAUAAAAAAAAAAAAAAUACAUACGUAUCUUCCACCUCUUCCCUCAAAUCCCUACUGCCGUAACCUGAGAUCCUCUGUAAUCACAGCUCCCUUCCUAUCCAAUUGGUUUUCUCUUCCCUCGCUGGUCGUCCCUACAGAAGCUUCUCCACUCUCUUUGGUGAGAUUCGUGCUUUGGUGGGAAGUUCAACCUCUCUACUGUCAUUCAUACCUGAAGAAAUCGCAAACGAGCUUAAUAACCAAUUGAGAAAAGCAAAAACUGUAAAUGGAAGUUGAGGGCAAUCCGAUUAGAGUGCAGUGUAUAAUGCAAGAUGGAAAAAUGGUGGUGCCACCUCAAUAUGUGCAACCACCUGAGAUCAGAGCACAACACAACUCUAAGAAGAUCUCUUUGAGCAAUAAUUGUGAUGCACCAACGCCACCUGUUAUCGAUCUUAGCAAUGCUGACAUUCUCAGUGAGCAGUUGGAGCUAGCCUGCAGAGAAUGGGGAGCCUUCCACAUUAUCAACCAUGGAGUUCCAAUCAGAUUGUUGGAUGACAUGAGGACUGCUGGCCGCUCCUUUUUUGAGGACUGCUCUAUGGAUCAAAAGCUCAGCUUUUCAUGCGACGCCAAUUCCCCUGCAUCUGAGGGCUAUGGCAGCCGAAUGCUAGUUGCAUCGAAUGACACAGUUUUAGAUUGGAGGGAUUAUUUUGAUCACCAUAGUUUACCCCUUUUACGGCGCAAUCCAUCCCGGUGGCCAAACUUUUCACCCAAUUACAGAGAAGUUGUAGCAGAGUAUAGUGAUCAGAUGAAACUACUUGCUCAGAGGCUACUGGGUUUGAUCUCCGAAAGCCUAAAGCUGCCUUCUUCAUGCAUUGAAGAGAUCGUAGGGGAAUUCUAUCAGAACAUCACCAUCAGUUAUUAUCCUCCUUGCCCACAGCCUGAACUUACUCUUGGUUUGCAAGCACAUUCUGACAUGGGUGCAAUUACAUUUCUCAUCCAAGAUGAUGUGGGGGGGCUUGAGAUCUUGAAGGAUGGAGAAUGGAUAUUCGUAAAUCCCCUAUCUGAUGCCAUCUUUGUUAUUUUGGCCGACCAAACUGAGAAGGACCAAUAUAUAUCCCUGAUGAUGUUUUGCUGCUUUCAGAUUAUAACCAAUGGAAAGUAUAGAAGUGCUCAACAUCGGGCCAUAACUAAUGCCACCAAUUCACGGAUUUCAGUUGCUACAUUUCAUGACCCGGCAAAAACAAGGAAAAUACGCCCAUUGUUUAAACCACCUAAAUAUCAUGAGGUGAUGUACGAGGACUAUGUUUCAUCCUGGUACACAAAAGGCCCGGAAGGAAAACGAAACAUUGAUUCUCUUCUCCUUAAUUGAUUAGUUGCUUUCAAUUCUCUUUUGGGGGAUUAAGCUCGUUCGCAGAUUGGUUCAGAGAGAUUUAUAAUUACGCUUGGACCAGUAUCAGUAUUCAGAUAUUUUUAAAGUGGUAGCAAGACCAGUUACUGUUAGAUGGUUAGAUCUUAACAAUAGCAAGGAUUGGCUUGUUUGCCAAAUUUACGUACAUUUUGGUAUGGCCAAGCCUAGUGUUGCUGAAACAAACUGAAAAAAUGAAACUAUUGUAAAGAGGACUCUGUAGUUGGAUUCCUCUCAUUUUUAUCCCAUCGUUUUGUAAAAUUAUGCACCCCAUGGAUUCUCCUGAAAAUGUCCUGCCCUGUCCUGUCUAGUUAUUCAAGAUUGCAUGAAAUUUUAAGGGGAUUCAAACAGAUUGCUAUUUUACUUGCAAUAAUAACAGGAUUGAUUUGUGCCA